AUGAAUACUGUACAUGCAGCUACCACCACUGGAUUGGACACCAACUCUGGUUCACUGAUCAACAGGUCCGGCAAUGUUGCCACUUUGAGCAGCAACGCACCAACCUCCAACUUGACAACUAUUGAUACCAAUGGUAAUGUGUUUAAAGUUCCCGACUACACAAUAAAGGAGAUUUUACAAGCUAUUCCCAAACAUUGCUUUGACAGAUCAUUGAUUAGAUCAUUGGGUUACGUUGUUAGAGAUAUUACUAUGAUGGUUUUGAUUGGAUAUGUCGGACACCAGUUUAUUCCUCAAAUUGAAAUCACUGGACACGAAACUGUAUCGUCUGCCCUUAGAGGCGUUGCUUGGAUGGUUCAAUCCUAUGCAAUUGGUUUAUUUGGAUUCGGAUUGUGGAUUUUAGCCCAUGAAUGUGGUCAUGGUGCAUUUUCUGACUACCCAAAAGUCAACGACUUUAUCGGAUGGGUUCUACACUCAUACUUGAUCGUUCCAUACUUUUCAUGGAAAUAUAGCCAUUCAAAACACCACAAAGCUACUGGUCAUUUGACCAAGGAUAUGGUUUUCGUACCAUAUACCAAGGAGGAGUACUUGAAGAAGAGCAACGCUGAAAAAGUUGAAGAUUUAAUGGAAGAAAGUCCUAUUUGGACUUUUGCCGUAUUGGUUUUCCAACAGUUGGGUGGCUUACAAUUGUACUUGGCUUCCAAUGCAACUGGCCAGGAGUACAAGGGAACUACUUGGUACGGUAGAUCGCAUUACGCUCCUUCUUCUCCUGUUUUUGAAAAGCAUCAAUACUGGAAUAUCAUCUUGUCCGAUAUUGGUAUCAUUACCACCUUUACCGUCGUUUACCAAUGGUACAAAACUUUUGGAUUGUUCAACAUGAUGAUCAACUGGUUCGUCCCUUGGUUAUGGGUUAACCACUGGUUAGUCUUUGUUACUUUUUUGCAACAUACCGACCCUAGUAUGCCUCACUACACUGCCAAAGAAUGGACUUUUGCUCGUGGCGCAGCAGCUACAAUUGACCGUAACUUUGGAUUCAUUGGUCAACACAUUUUCCAUGACAUUAUUGAAACUCACGUUUUGCACCAUUACGUAUCAAGAAUUCCCUUUUACAAUGCUAGAGAAGCCACUGAAGCUAUUAAGAAAGUCAUGGGCGAACACUACAGAUAUGAAGGUGAGUCAAUGUGGGUAAGUUUAUGGAAAUGUAUUAGAACUUGUCAAUUUGUUGAUGAUGAUAAAGAGGACGCCAAGGGUGUUAUGAUGUUUAGAAAUGUCAAUGGUAUCGGUGUCAAGCCAAAGAAUUAG